AUGUCCGACAAAGCAAAGGAGCUUGCUGAAAUACCAAAACAGUGGUAUAAGGAGGGUACUUUGUUCAUCAGACGGUGUGCCAAGCCAUCGCGGAAAGAGUUUGCGCAAAUUUGCAAGGCCGUUGCUAUCGGUUUCGCUGUCAUGGGAUUCUUAGGCUACUUCGUGAAGCUAAUACACAUCCCAAUGUAAGUGUUUUCGGCUACGAAAUGUUACCCUUCCCCCCUUACCUUUUUCGCUCACGCAAAUAUUCCUUUGCUCUCGCAUGCAGUAAUAACAUCUUGGUGUACGUGUCCACUUUUGAACUACAUUCUCCUUUUUCUUGCCCCGGCUGAACCAUUUCCUUUUUCAGUGGAGGCGCAUAAUACUCCUUUCCCUUUCCUCUCUAUUUGUUCACUGGGUCGUGUUUGUGAAAUACGUCUUAAUGUUCCCGAAUAAUACUGCUGAGCUUCCGUGGAAGGUCACCGCUCAUUCCUCAACCCGAGAGUUACAUCACUUGUUGUAUCCCCGCUCGCCUGAGGAGAAAUCCUCGCCCAGCAUUCUUUGAUUUUAUUCCUCAUCUCCAAGCUCACUGAGACCCAAAGUCCAAUGCUGCGCAUAUCAGGCG